UACGCCGGUAUGCACGGCCGACCAGCUGUCACGAUGUCCACCACCGCCGCGGCGACGACGGCGACGGCGGCGGCGGCGGCGGCGGCGGCGGCGGCGGCGGCUGGCAUCCCCUCGCAACAGAGGAACGUCGCCUGCAACGGCAAGGACGACGUGCCGGUGGUGACGCAGCCUACUACCAGGAGUGGGCUCAGAGUAUACAAGAUCGUGGUGCUGGGUGAUGGCGGCGUUGGCAAAUCGGCUGUCACUCUGCAAUUUGUCAGUCACAGAUUCCUGGACUAUCAUGAUCCCACGAUAGAGGAUUCAUAUCAGACACAAGUGGUCAUUGAUGGUGAGGCAGCUCUCCUGGAUAUUUUGGACACUGCUGGACAGGUAGAAUUCACAGCAAUGCGUGAGCAAUAUAUGAGAUGCGGCGAAGGCUUCAUGAUUUGUUAUUCAGUAACAGAUAGGCAUAGCUUCCAAGAGACAAUGGAGUACAGGAAAUUGAUAUCACGCGUACGCGCCAACGAGAAUAUUCCUUUGGUGUUGGUCGGCAAUAAGUUUGAUCUACAACAUCAACGAAAGGUGACCACGGAGGAAGGCAAAGCAUUGGCGGAGGAGCUCGGUUGUCCAUUUUAUGAGACAUCCGCUGCUCUCAGACAAUUCAUAGACGAUGCAUUUUUCUCGUUGAUCAGGCAGAUCCGCGCUAAAGAGAGAUCUCGUAAUUCGCAUCGCAAACGCAGCCGUUGGUGGCGAAUUCGCUCGAUAUUCGCCUUUAUCUUCCGGCGGAGAAGACAUUCUUCCCAUCGGUCUCCAUAAAACUGGUUUUUGAUAAUAAUCCAUUAUUAGGGAGAUCCUCGAUAGACGAUAGCAAUGACGAGAGUAAUAUCAUAGUAGGCCACAACGAAGUAGACCUAUAAUUUUUUAUAAUUUACGCAGUAUAUAAUUUCCCUUGUUUAGAGACUGACAGUUCAUUAAUAUCUCACUGCCUUAUCAUUAACCCCAGUGCGUACUCUGUUGUCAAACAGGCUGGAAUGUGUGUACACAUUUUAUAUCCUCUUAGAUUUGAGAUCUCGGAUUAUUCAUUCGUGAUGCUCGAUCAAAAAGAAAUAGAGCAUGUUACGUAAUAGAGUCAUACUUCCUGUAGAGGGUACGACAUAUAUUUGCGACUUCCAGUUUUCUAGGAUGACGAUUUCUUCCGCGAUAUUAAUUCAUCUUAAGAGUCGGUAGGAGUGAUCGGCUAACUUCGACUUGAUCUAAAAUGAUUAUCUAAAAUGAUUAUCUAUUCCUUAUUUACAGUGCAAAUAUGUAUCUGUACUCAAUUAUAUUUUGUCUUAUAGAAACGAUGUUUCGUCAUGAAACUUUGUUAAGAUAAUUUCUUUUACAAUUACGAAGCUACCUACAGAGCCAAUUUUGCAAUUAGUU